AAAGCGCAAAACUGAAGAGUGGAAAAACCGUAGCUUCAUAGGGGUCUGGUAAUUUCCUUGGGCGAUUCCGAUUGCCCGGCGAAUCCCGACCCGACCCGACCCGUUUCUCCAUUUCCCGAUUUCGUUCGAUCAUGUUCAAGAAGUUUUCGUCCGAGGAAGUUUCAUCACAGAACCAAGUGAAAGCAUCUGUUCAACGUAAGAUCCGACAGAGUAUUCAAGAUGAGUACCCUGAGCUUGAACCAGUUUUGGAUGAUCUAUUACCCAAGAAGGCUCCUCUUAUAGUCGUCAAGUGCCCAAACCAUUUGAGUCUAGUGGUUAUCAACAAUGUCCCACUCUUCUUCUGUAUCCGCGAUGGGCCAUAUAUGCCAACCCUGCGUCUUCUUCAUCAAUACCCGAAUAUAAUGAAGAGGUUUCAAGUUGACAGAGGAGCCAUAAAGUUUGUUCUCUCUGGUGCAAACAUCAUGUGUCCUGGUCUUACAUCCCCUGGAGGUAUUAUGGAUGAACAAGUCGAGGCAGAGCGUCCCGUGGCCGUAUAUGCAGAAGGAAAGCAACACGCUCUUGCCAUUGGCUUCACUAAAAUGUCAGCCAAGGACAUAAAGAGUAUUAACAAGGGAAUUGGAGUUGACAACAUGCAUUACCUCAAUGACGGUUUGUGGAAGAUGGAACGGCUAGAUUGAGUUGUCUUUGGGGGACCGAAGAGACUCCUUUUGUGAAUCUUUUUUAUGUUCUUCUCUCUGUUCUGUUUUCACGAAGCUUCUUUUGUCUCUCCUCUUCCCACGCACGCAACUUUGCUUCAAUUAUUUUUUUGUUGCGUCUCUUUUUUGGAAUGUUACAUUAACCUAACUGUAAUCUCUCCACAAAUAGACAAGUUAAAUUAAACUAAUAAAUUUGAAAAUUGAAAAUUACAUUUAUAUCA